AUGGGCAAAGUAAAGGCUUUCCUCGGCAGCCUUGCCGCCGCCAUACGGAGCACCGUUAGCUGCACGAUCCCCGGCGACAAUGUCAUCGACGACGAAGACGAGGACAAUUUCAUGGCGGACAACGCCAAGGACGGCGGUGCGUCGGAGUCUGGGCAGGGGGCCUUCGUCGAAAUCGACCUGCUGCGCAGCGACCGCAACCGACAGCGCAACUUUCCAGACAACUCUUUCCGCACAGCCAAGUACACGCUUCUCACGGCCUUGCCGCUCAGCCUUCUCUACCAGUUCUACAAGAUCUCGAACAUCUAUUUCUUGCUUGUGAUGAUCAUCGCGCUCGUGCCGGGGGCGAGCCCAAUCAACCCCUUCAGCAGUAUCGUGCCCCUGUCCUUCGUCAUCGGCGCCGGCAUCUUCAAGGACCUCUGGGAGGACUGCAAGCGACGCAGGGCGGAUCGGCAGGCGAACGAAAUGACCGUCUACGUCCUGCGAGCGUGCGCGGAAGUGUCCAGCAACGGCAGCGCGGCCGCCUCCGCGGCCGCCACCAGCAGUGGCAGCGGCACUCCUACCGGGAAGCAAAACUCCACGAGUGGCAGCGACGGCGCAGCCGCAGCGCCGUUGUGCGUGCACGGUGGCCACGAUCACCAGCAGAGCCUUCGCCGCUGGCGGCAGCGCGUCGUGCGCGUUGUGUCGCGACCAAGCAGCCCAAGGGACGGCACCGCGGUCAGCCGCAACAAGUCAUAUGAUGGUGAAAGAGUGCAUGCGAUGGAAGAAGCGGAGAUGACCACCUACGGCCGAAGUUGCGGCGCAUCGACAGCGUGCCCCAUGGCAUUGAGCCUUCGCCGCACUUCAGCGCCGCCUCAAGAGUCGGCGACACCGGACGCUGCAACGGAGCCGGUAGUCACGUUCCAGCCGGUUCGUAGCUGCGAAGUGCACCCUGGUGACAUCAUGCUCUUUCGCCUUGGUGAAGAGGUGAAGGCAGACUGCCUAAUCUUGAACACGUCGCUGCCGGACGGGCUGGCGUACAUCGAGACUGCCAACCUCGAUGGCGAGACCAACGCGAAGACGCGCCGCGCCAAGAUCCAGACGGUGGAGGCACUGGGGACAGUGGAGGACGUGGUGGAGAAGGCUCUCGGCGUCUCACCAAGCAACGCGGCCGCCGUGCACGCUCGCAUGAACGGCAUCGAUACCGGGCCACAGGAUGUCUGGGGUAUGUCAUGCGAAGCCGCUGCCCCAGCGAAGGUGCGCGUGGACUGCUGUGAUGCGUUUGGCGGCGCUCACGCUGUUAGCACCCCUGAACGAUGGAUGAACGCGUCAGUAAGAGGGACAGCGGCGACGGACGCCAAGCGCCUCGAUGCGUCACUGACCACAACCUCGCCUGCCGCCCUUGGCAAGGGUUUGGGGCGGUCGGCACUCUCGGCGAAGACCGCGGCUGCCAAAGGCGGUGACAUGGUCGUCCACACCGCCAUCUCCGAGUCGAGCGUUCCACAGGGAGGCCUGCACGACUACUCGCCACAGCGUCAGCACAACUCGCAGAGGCCGGUCGGCUGGGAGUGCUCAGAGCUCAAAGCGGCCGAGCACGACUCCGCUGCAGCGACAGCGGAGAGAGGGGCCGCCCCCCUCCGCCACCAGAACGAGAGCAGCUUCUCUGAUCAACAGAAGCACUUUGCCAGCAUCAGCGCCACCGGCAUCCCCCUCGCACAUAGCAGCGCGGACUUGAGUGCCGCGAUGUCAGGCAACUUCCACACCGUGGCUAGUAAUGUCACGUCAGACAUGUCCCCAGAGCGAAUUCUGCACCAGCGACUCAUGACGUUGCAGGAGCGACUUGCCGAGGAAGGGCAGCUGGCGAUGCCACUCCAGCUUCGGCAGCUCUCGGAGCAUUACGAGCGUACCGUGCACAGUCGCACGAACAGCGCAGGUACGCGCGUGUCCUCCCUGCACGUGUACCCCCACAACUCCACCAAUCGCGCGGGCGAGAGCAAGUAUUUGCUCGACGACGCCGCCGAGCAUCAUCACAGGAGCCGUGAGUCGCCACAGUGGAGGGUGCCUGAGCCACGACGAUGCGACGGGGCAGGUGAUGCGGAAACGGCAGCCACACAACCGGGAUUCGGCGCCAGCCUCUGUGGCCGGUCGCGUGGCUUCUCGGCGCCCGACAAAUUUGGAGUAUUUCAUAACGAGCCGCUCCACGACAACCGCAUCGCCGACGGCAGCAACAGGGCCUCUGACGCGGCCUCCGGCGUGGUUCUCAUCUCCUGCCCCCCCACGCCAGACCUGUCAAUGUGGUUUGGCCAGCUGCGCUUGCCGUCAGGCGAGAUGGUGCCGCUCGGCAUUGACCAGUUCAUUCCACGUGGCUGCAUCAUCCGCAACACGGAGUGGGUUAUCGGUGUGGUCGUGUACACGGGUCGCCACACCAAGAUGCUGCUGAACCUGCGGCCGAAGCCGCACAAGGUCACGAACAUGACACGGCGCCUGAACCAGAUGAACAUGCUGUUCUUUGCAUUUAGCCAGGUGCUGAUACUGCUGCUCUGCGGGCUGGCCAUCUGGAGCAAGCGCGAACUGCUGCGCAAGGUGCCUGGGGCGAAGACCGAUCACUCGGCCUGGUACAUCCAGUGGAACCUUGAACGCUACUCGGACGUCUCGUUGUUUUGGUGGCGCUAUCUGACAAACUUCGUGCUGGUGAGCUACCUCAUUCCCUUGUCCCUUUACGUCACGCUGGAAUUCAACAAGGCCAUGCAGAUGCUCCUGAUCGGCGCGGACAAGCGCAUGGCCGUCUUCGACGAGUUCACCGGGGUCAUCAAGAGAGCGCGUCCCAAGACUUCUGAGCUUAACGGCCAACUCGGCCACGUGCGCUACAUCUUCACAGACAAGACGGGGACCUUGACAGAAAACCUCAUGACGUACGUUGGCGGCGUCGUUGACGGACUCACGCACAACGAAACGGAGCAGCCUGGCGGCCUCGGCCGUGCACUUCUUCGUCGCAGCACUGCAUAUACCGCGGGCAAUGUCCUCACUAGCGUCUGUCCGAACAGCAUGGGCUCAUCCCAUGAAUCGUCGCUGCGCUGUGACCAUCACAAGCAUCUUCGCCUCAACUCGUCCCUCGGCAGAGAGGCAAGCACUCUCGGCGACGCUGCCGUAGCAGACAGUGUGGCGGGCAUGCAGGAUGAGGUCGCCCUCGUCUCCCCGCAUGCCGCCGCGAACAACACCGGCAGCUGUAGCGCGGCUGGCGGUGGUGACCAACACUCCCCCACCCACACCUUCCAGCGCCUGGUGGCGGUGAUGGCGACUCACAUAGCCUCUGACGCCCACGCCGGCGGUGACGGCGACAAGGUCAGCCAGUCACCACGCACGGUGAUGGCCGCCUCCCCCGCGACGCUGGUCGCCACGGGGGACAUCGGCGCUACCUCCCCGCAACCGCCGCACCUGCCGCUCUCCAACAGCUACCAGUGUGGCAGCGGAACGUUCGGCGGGAACACCUUCCCGGGCUUGGGCAGCGCGGCCCCUGGAGCGGUUGGUAAUGAGCCUGGGGUUCUCGGCAGUGCGGUCGGGCUGCGCAACAUCAGCGAAGCCGUGCUGGAGCGCGAGCCGCUAUUCUGCUACCUGCGUGCCAUUGCUCUGUGCCAUUCCGUCGUGUGUUUUCCAGUGGACGCAGUCAAUGGCGUAGCGGACUCGCAGCACGUGGCAGAGAAGGGUAACGGCGCGCCGCAGGAAACGAAAGGGCACAAGGACCGUCGCCGCGACAAGGAUCGCAACGCCACCGCGGCAGCGGGCGAGGGCAGUGCGUCACUGAAGCGGAAGAGCAACCACCGCCACUACCGCCAUCACAACCGUGCUGACGACCGCGCAGGCAAGGGAGCGCCGAGGCGACGUCGCGGCAGCACUUCCACUGCAGACCCCGAUCCCUCGCGGGGGCAUCAUCAGCAGAGCCACGAGACUGCCCGCCACACACCCGAUCUGGUCCCUCUCUCGAACAUAUUAUCUCUGAACGAUAUUUCGGUUGGUAACUUCGUUGAGAUCCCCUACGCCGUUCCCGCCGGCCCCGCGGUAUGUGAAAACUUCGAGCCCUAUACCGCCAGUGGCACCAACGGCGGCAGAAGUCUCAGCAUGUCGACUCACGACCACCUCACCCGCGCCAACACUACACCUUUCCUGACGGCGGCGGCGAGUACGGAUGGCCGCGGCCAGCAUCAAUACCAUCAUCGCCAGACAAACACGAAUUCCAUAGUACCAGCGUCCACGACGAUGGACUUGGGGCUCCUAACGAAGGGCAUCUUCAAUUUGAGCAGGAACAACACAGCUCUGCUGCACGGCCGCACGAGUAGCACGAGCUGGUACCAAAAUCGCUACUUUAAUCGCGCAAUGCAUAAUCGCAACCUUAGUGCGCAUGUGAGCCACGAUGGCGGCGAGCGCAACCCUACCCAUGCCGCUUCUCCUUCCACGACAAUGUACUCACCCGGCAGCGCUGGGGAGUUUGCAGAAGAAGCAGCUACCCGCGCGGAGGCGGGCGAGUCAGCAGCUCCAGUAGCGGCCUCCGAUCUUGAGCCGUUCAUUGACCGCAGCAAAAUCUACGAGGGCCAGUCGCUGGACGAGAUCGCCUUGGUGAACGCGGCGCGAGAGAACGGGUUCUCGCUCUUCGAGCGGACGGCGAAGCAGAUCUAUAUAAAGGCGCUCGGCCGCGUCAUGUGCUACGACAUCAUUGCGGAGCUCGAUUUCACGCCGCAGCGCAAGCUGAUGAGUAUUUUGCUGCAGCGAAGGCCUGAUUUAGACUCCGAGGCGGCGGCAACAUCGGUGGCUUCCGGCGUAAGCGCGCACUACCACCGCAGGGCACCAGAGAGCUCCGCUGCCGCAGCAGCAGCGCGCGACGCAUCCGAGUUGUUAGCGGCGACCGCCUCAGGCGUCUUGCCCGAGUGUGGUGUAGCAUCGCGGCCACCGCAGUCGCAAAGCCACGACGGUCUCUGUGCUUUCCCCGCGCAGGGCAAGAAGACGAACGGAGACAGUGCCGCGAGCUCGCUGCCAGGCGGGGAUGCGCGGUUGUGCCAAACUAAGACAACCUCGGUCUUCGCCACCCUCACGGCGGCUGAGUUGCUGCUGCCGCUGUCGCGCCCAUUCACCGUCGUGCUCACGAGCGAAGCACGCAAGAGUACGGCAGAGCAGGGGGAGGAAGAAGACGGCAACAGGAGCGCCGACGGACCCGCCGCGAAAAUGCUUCCGCCACACAGCAUCCUCUUGCCGCCUCCGACGAAGCAGCAGCGCGUACCCCACUUGGGCAGCUCGAGUGUGUUCACAGCAACGCCUACACUGAACAGCACGCAGCAGGUGGCUUAUCAACCGUCUGGCGGCGACAUGUCCUCCUACCACGACGGUUUCGGGAGUAGUGCGGGCUUUGGGCUUGCUGCGGCAGCCGGUGCGCCGGCCUCGGCACCAGGGAAGUAUCUGCUACUCGUUAAGGGGGCGGACAGCAGCAUGAUGGAGAUCGUGAACAUGCAGAAGCGUGCCAACGUCCGGGUGAAGAACAAGAUGCUGAAGGAGCUGGAUGCGAUGUCGCAGAUGGGCCUGCGCACCCUCAUCCUCGGCCAGCGCUACCUGCGCGAGGAGGAGGUGCGUGGGUGGCUGCCAGUCUUCAACGAUGCCCAAUGUGCGAUGCAGGACCGCAGCGAGAAGCUGCACAAAGCCUACGCGCUCGUAGAGAAAGACAUCGACAUUGUUGGCGUCACCGCGGUGGAGGACAAGCUGCAGGAGGAGGUGCCGCAGACGCUGGAGUUCUGCAUACAGGCGUCCAUUGUGGUGUGGAUGCUGACGGGCGACAAGCGAGAGACAGCCGUCACCAUCGCCCACACGAGCGGUCUUGUCAAGGCCGGCUACACCGACUACGUGUGCCAUCUCGACGUCUCUGACAUUAUCGAGGAAGAGGCGUUGCUGCGCCAGAAGCAGCGGUACAAAGAAACGUGUCGCCGUAAGGUGAAAGACGGAAGUGGCGAUGGGGCAUCAUCGCUGGAGAGCGUUUCUUCGAGCUCGUCGGACGCCGAUAAUGCCUUUCAUUCACCAGUGGCGAGCACAACAACCCGAGCACACCUGAGCGGGUCGUCUCGCACGCAUUCGCUGCAGCUGCCCAAGGCACUGGCGCAGGCGGGCAGCGUCGACUGCGCCACCGUCGCCUCCACUGCAAGCCCGCUGCAAGAAACCGCGAACAGGAUCGCAGGCGGUGAUUCCAUAAAAGCUGAGACGAGCAUCCCUGUCGACGCGGCGCAGAGCUUCCUCAUGCACAAGUGCGCCCGCAUCGAGGAGCAGCUGAAGGCGGCCGAGGAGAGGUGUAGCGAGGGGCAGGAAGUGCUUGACGGCCGUGUCGUCGUCAUUGUGGUGGAUGGCAAGACUCUGGACUUCAUCUUUGAGGACUGCAACCGUGCACACCGCUUCUUCCUCCUUGGUAGUCGCUGCCGCAGCGCUGUGUGUUGCCGCAUGACCCCGCUCCAGAAGGCGAAGGUUGUGCGGAUGUUUAAGCGCAACGCAAACGCCGUGGUGCUCGCUAUCGGUGACGGUGCCAACGACGUGUCCAUGAUUCAGGAGAGCAGCAUCGGCGUCGGUAUCAUGGGCUUGGAAGGGUCGCAGGCAGAGCUGGCAAGCGACUACGCCCUCCCGAAGUUUCGCUUCUUGAAGCGGCUGCUCUUCGUCCACGGCCGCUUCUCCGUCUUCCGCGAAGGGCACUGCGUCGUCUAUUCUCUGUACAAAAACGUGAUUGUGACGGUGGGCAUGGUUGGCUACCAAUUCUAUGCUGGCUACUCGGGUCAGACACUGAUAGACUCGUGGCUGCUGGGGAUGUUCAGCGUCUUCCUCUGCUCUCUGCAACCGCUGAUGAUCGGCAUCCUAGACAAGGAUGUCGAGGACGAGCUGGCCGAGUCCCUGCCGAGGCUGUACCCGCCCCUGUCACGCGAGUCCAUGUACUUCUCCUGCACGUACAUCAUCAAGUGGCUCAUCGAUGGCCUCAUGGAGGGUCUCAUCUUCUUCUUCUUCCUCAUGUACACGGUUGGCGUGCAGGACAACUUGUACACGUACAUGACCGCAGCCAUCGAGGACUACGGCGCCACCUUCUUCACGAUGCUCGUCCUUGUCGCCGACCUUCGUGCCGGCACCCUGGUGACGUACUACAUGCUACCCUUUGCGCUCGUGAUCGGGCUGGCCAUCAUCCUCGUGCCGACCCUCGAGUUCGCCUACGCCGCCCUGCACGACCUCGCCGGGAGCAACUGGUUUGUGUACGUGGCGAACGAGCUGUACGGCACGUCUGGCAAGUUCUGGCUGAUGCUGUUCUUUGCCUGCGGGGUGUUCGUCAUCUUCACCAUGGCGUCGAACAUGUACAUACAACUGUUCGCACCGUGGCACAAUGCAGGUUUCGCCAUGCGCGCUGCCCACAGAUCGAACCACCGCGUCCCGUACCAGCACACCAAGGAGGAACUGAAGGCCGAGUACGCGCGGCUGCUUGCCCGCUACGAGGAGCUGACCAAGUUGCAGCAGCAGCAGAAGGAGUCUGCAGCGAAGAAGAGCGGCGCCAAAGGCAAGACCCAAACGACGACAACGGCAGCAGCUGCAGCGCGGUGA